AAGUUCCUACCCAUAAUCCACCGUUAUAAACAUGGUAGCGCCCAGUUGAUAGUUUGAUAGACACACACUUCUUGAGUCUUGAGUCUGAAUAAUUGUGUCUUUCCAUUUCCACUUGUAUUGAUCCCUCUUUGCUGAAGUGAACAAGUAUAAACCUGAUAGUUGCGUUGCGUCAGCUGUCAUUUUAGAAGAAGCAACACUUCAAAAAGGAAGCCUCCGUGAGCGCGUCGUAUUAACAAAGGAAACAAGUUCCACAGGAAACAAGUGAAGUUGGCUCAUUCAUUCUUUAUUCCGACUGCCGUUUAAGUAGCAAAGAUGUCGUCUGGAAAUGCAGGUUCCGACAACCCUGGAUCUGGGGCAGGACAGCUUCUUUUCCAACCCAACGAGGAAGCAGUUGCUCAGAUUAUGAGCCUUGGGUUUUCUAGAAAUGCUGCUAUCCGUGCCUUGUUUUACACAGGUAAUCAGACUGCUGACCAGGCUGCUGAUUGGCUCUUGGAAAACAAUGAUAAGAACCUGGACACUCCUUUAGAGACAGACCUCCAGGGCACCAGCGACAGCAGCGAUGAGGACGAGUUCCUGACGACCGACACGUUCAAGAUGGUGUUUGUGGUGAACAUGGAGCUCCAGAUGGGUGUGGGCAAGGUGGCCGCCCAGGUGGCCCACGCGGCGCUCAGCUUGUUCCGGAGCAUGAUGGAGGACGAAGUUAAGGCCGAGAUGAUCAUGGCCUGGGGACACCUCGGAGAGACCAAGGUGGUUGUCCGCGGCGACAGCACGACGCAGCUGGAGAUGUUGGCGGUGCAGGCCGCGGGGCUACAGGUGGACCACUACCUGGUGCAGGACGCCGGCCUCACACAGGUCACCCCGGGCUCCAAGACCGUGCUGGCCGUGUUCGGCAAGGUGGACGACGUGAACCGCGUCACCGGCAGCCUCAAACUCUUGUGAUGAUGCCCCGACCCGCAGAUGUUUUGGAUCUGUGACAACAACAACUACGCCGGGAGAUGUCCUGGAUCGAUAAUAACAACAAAGCCAGGAGAUGAUCUGGAUCUAUAACAUCUAUAACAAUCCCCGGAGAUGUUCUGGGUCGACAACAACAACAACGCCGCCCGAAGAGGUUCGGCCGGUUGGCUGGCUGUGAGUCAUCGAUGACUGGUUUCUACAAAAAAAUAAAUGUUGAGAAUUGUGUGGUGUGGGAAGCGUUUGAGUGAAAGGGUGAGCAUAAGAGUGUGUGUUUGUGUGAAUGUACGUGGGCGCUGAAAGGUAAAGUGGAUGCCUGAGAAUGUAUGUAUGUAUGUGUCGAUGUCUGUUUUUCAUAUGUUUUAAAAGAGAGGUGAUUUAGUGUGUAGAAGUUAAUGAGUGCACACCUGUCAGAGGUUGUGAGUGCAUGUGUUUUAGUUUGUCAGAAAAAAGAGAAUGAAUGUGUUAAUCUGACUUGAUUAGUGUGGAUGUGUGCUUAAGUUUGUAACUUUUCCCAUGUUUCUUAACGCUGUGUUUGCUGAAGUAG